AUGUCUUCUCGACAACUUACUCUCGGCCUCGCCGCCACAUUCACAUCCCUUGUGGCCGCAUCCCCCAUGCCCUGUGACAUCUACGCCGCCGGAGGAACGCCCUGCGUAGCCGCUCACAGCACAACCCGCGCCCUAUACAGCACUUACACCGGCCCUCUCUACCAAGUAACCCGCGGCAGUGACCAGGCGAAAGCCAACAUCACCCCCCUGGCAGGCGGUGUCGCCAACGCCGCCUCCCAAGACUCCUUCUGCGCAGGCACAACCUGUCUCAUCAGCAUUAUCUACGACCAGUCCGGUCGUGGGAACCAUCUUACACAAGCUCCGCCAGGGGGUUUCAGCGGCCCAGAUGUAAAUGGGUAUGAUAACCUGGCUAGUGCGAUCGGCGCUCCAGUUACGUUGAAUGGGCACAAGGCAUAUGGAGUGUUUGUAUCUCCUGGCACGGGGUAUAGGAAUAAUGCUGUCAAUGGGACGGCUAUCGGUGAUGCAGCCGAGGGGAUGUAUGCUGUUCUUGAUGGGAGCCAUUAUAAUGGUGAUUGCUGCUUUGACUAUGGUAAUGCUGAGACUAAUAACCGGGACACUGGUAACGGACACAUGGAAGCUAUUUACUAUGGUGAUAAUACGGUCUGGGGUUCUGGUUCUGGAAGCGGUCCGUGGAUUAUGGCCGACCUGGAGAACGGACUGUUCUCGGGUGCGAAUCCUAAGAAUAACCCUGCCGAUCCGUCUAUUUCUUACCGCUUCGUCACUGCUGUUGUUAAAGGCGAGCCUAAUAAGUGGGCGAUUCGAGGUGCUAAUGCUGCGUCAGGCUCGUUGUCUACUUACUACAAUGGUGUUCGUCCGACCGUCUCUGGCUACAACCCCAUGAGCAAAGAAGGCGCUAUAAUUCUCGGAAUUGGCGGUGACAACAGUCGUGGCGCCCAAGGAACGUUCUACGAAGGUGUCAUGACAUCUGGCUAUCCAUCUGACAGCACGGAAAACUCGGUACAAGCAAAUAUCGUUGCUGCCAAGUACGCCACCACAUCCCUAGUCAGCGGGCCGGGCCUUAAAGUAGGCUCUUCCGUCUCAUUUCGUGCUACAACAGCGUGUUGCACUACACGUUAUCUAGCACACAACACCUCAGCAAUCAAUACACAAGUCGUCUCUUCAUCGUCAAGUACGGCCCUCAAGAAACAGGCUAGUUGGACGGUUCGCACUGGCCUUGGAAAUAACGCCUGUUUCUCCUUUGAAUCCGUUGAUACCCCCGGCAGUUAUAUUAGACACUACAACUUUCAACUGGUACUCAACGCCAAUGACGGGAGUAAACAGUUCCACGAAGACGCAACCUUUUGUCCACAGGCUGGUCUCAACGGCCAGGGCAAUUCCAUUCGAUCAUGGAGUUAUCCCACCCGCUACUUCCGCCACUAUUCCAACGUUUUAUAUGCAGCGAGCAACGGUGGGGUUGAGACGUUUGAUGCUCAGACUUCUUUCAAUGACGAUGUGAGCUGGGUUGUUGGCGCUGGCUUCGCCUAG